AUGGAACACGAACAACAAAGCAAUCACAUCUCCGAUGACUACUACAACUCCGACAACGAAGAGGCUGUUUCCGGCAACAAUUGCGGUUGUUUCCGCCUUUUCUCUUACUUCAAUUACCACCACCAUGAUGGAGAAACAGCGGUGUUCAUCCACCGCAGAUUGGGAGAAAGAGACAUUGGAGACAAAAACAGUUGGUUGAUGAAUCGAUUCAAGAGAUUUAGAGAAUUUUCAGAGGUGAUUGCGGGGCCUAAAUGGAAGAACUUCAUUAGAAAGUUUAGUAAGAAACCGAAAAAAGGGAAUUCUUCUCCAUUUCAAUAUGAUCCUGAGAGUUAUGCACUUAAUUUUAAUGAUGGUGUUGGUGAUGAAAGUGACGAUGAUUGUUCGUUGCCUCGUAGUUUCUCCACGAGAUUUGCUCCUCAUUCGGGUUCCAUGGCUAGUUAG